AUGCUAUACAAGCAGCAGAAAUUCAGAAGAAUAGAGAAGUACAUACGGAACGAGGCCGAUAUCAUAUUCUAUGACAGGUAUUUCAACUUCGAAAUAAUGGCAGGCACCUAUUUGGUUAGAAAAUCCGACUUUGCUAUCAAAUUUCUCCAUGGCUGGGCAGACUAUGAGAAGCGUCUUCCAGACAAUUUUAACGGAAGCGACAAUGGUGCUAUACAUGUGAGUGAUUGUUCGAUUAUAUGA